UAAAAAACAUUAACAUCCGGCGGCAUCAUCUUCUCUGAGAACGUUUAGUUAGCUAGUUGUGCCUCGUAUUUUAUUUUUGUUCAUUUCACACAGCGACAAAAAUGCCAACACUGUGUUCAGCAUACAACUGCAAAAAUCGCGGUCCCAAAGCUGAUGUAGGAUUUUUUAGUUUCCCCAAAAAUGACCCUGAAAGACGCAAGCGAUGGAUUAUUAAUAUGAAGUGGAAAGACUGGAAUCCGCAACACCACCACCGUGUGUGCUCCAUUCACUUUGAAGACAAGUACAUUUGCCGGAUGGACAAACGUCAACGUCUCACGCCAGACGCAGUCCCGACCAUUUUUGACUUCCCAGAGAACUUUCAAAAGAAGAAGGCAUCCAUCCACCCACAGAGUAGAAGAGCCAGGAGUGAUGGGUUGCCAGAGAAGUAUACUGCUGCCCAUGCUGUUACAGUGGCUGAACCGGUCACAACACCAAGCCCCACCAUCACAUCAGAGACGAGCAAGCUGGCUAAAGACAUAACUAAAGCUCCAGAAAAAGUUACCUCUUCGAGUUGGUAUAUCCAUGUAGAUGAAGAAAUCCAAAUGGCUGAAUCCCUCCCAGGUUUCUUCCACAGUGAUUACUGUCUACCACACAGUAUUCGCUGGGGAUUCAAAGAUGAUGUUGCCCCGAAGGUGGCAUGUGAGAACAUGGAGUUCCAACUUCCACCCCUCAAGCACAUAAUAGAGAUCACAGAGGCAUGGGAGUGGCUGGGUAUGGACAUUAGAGGGCCACUGCCCCUAACACCGAACGGACACCAGUACGUUCUGACCUUGACAGACUUCUACUCCAAAUGGGUGGAGGCCUUCCCCCUGAGAGGUUGUAGCUCUACUGAGGUAGCACAACAUGUCGCUGAAGUCAUCUCUCACUUUGGCUUCCCUUUUGGAAUCCUUGUUCGACUAAAGAGGAAGUUUACCAGUAAGAUCAACCUUGCCUUAAACAGUCAUCUGAAGCUGAGGGGGUUUUCUCUCUUAUACCGUCAUCGGCAAGUUGGAUCACUGGAUCUGGCCACACAAACCCUGAUCAGCAGGAUGGUGUCUGAUCUUGUGAAGGACCAUCCAUACAACUGGGAUGUCUGCCUCCCUGCAAAGGUGUUCAGCCUGUGUUUCAAGGAGCACCCCAAGACCAAGCAGAGACCUUUCUCUCUGCUGUGCUGCAAAGGACCACAGCCGGUCACCACCCCUAGGGAUCUGUCUUUCAGUCCUGCAGAGCUCAGAGAGAGUUCCUUUGCAAUCCAGUCAAAUCAAGAGGGUGGGCAUGACACUGAUCCGCAAGACAUGGUUGGCAUUGAAUCUGGAAAGGAAACCACUGGAAAGAGCACUAUUACCAGGGUCUCCUUUUUAAGGAGCAACACUGAGAGUAACAAUACUGACGGUAACACAUAUGGUCACCCCGACGGUCUCACGGACGGUGACCCGGACAGUUGCAAGGACGGUCACCCGGACGCUAACCCCGACGGUAGCACGGAGGCUAACCCCGACGGUAGCACGGAGGCUAACCCCGACGGUAGCACGGAGGCUAACCCCGACGGUAGCACGGAGGCUAACCCCGACGGUAGCACGGAGGCUGACCCCGACGGUAGCACGGAGGCUGACCCCGACGGUAGCACGGAGGCUGACCCCGACGGUAGCACGGAGGCUGACCCCGACGGUCUCACGGACGGUGACCCCGACGGUCUCACGGACGGUGACCCCGACGGUCUCACGGACGGUGACCCGGACAGUUGCAAGGACGGUCACCCGGACGCUGACCCCGACGGUCUCACGGACGGUGACCCGGACAGUUGCAAGGACGGUCACCCGGACGCUAACCCCGACGGUAGCACGGACGCUAACCCCGACGGUCUCACGGACGGUGACCCGGGCAGUUGCAAGGACGGUCACCCGGACGCUAACCCCGACGGUAGCACGGACGCUAACCCCGACGGUAGCACGGACGCUAACCCCGACGGUAGCACGGACGCUAACCCCGACGGUAGCACGGACGCUAACCCCGACGGUCUCACGGACGCUGACCCGGACGGUCUCACGGACGGUGACCCGGACGGUCUCACGGACGGUGACCCGGACAGUCGCACGGACGCUAACCCCGACGGUAGCACGGACGCUAACCCCGACGGUAGCACGGACGCUAACCCCGACGGUAGCACGGACGCUAACCCCGACGGUAGCACGGACGCUAACCCCAACAACAACCGUAACACCAACAGUGAGCGAUCCUCUGAAGAACAUCAUGCCAUGGAAAACUGAAUAAUUGAUUGGAUGAGUGCUCUAUCGGGGGUGUAGUUUUUAUUUUAUCAUUUUGUUUAGAAACACUUGUCUUUUAUGGUUGUUUGGCUGGUGUACUGCGUCAUGAUUGUUACACAGGAGGAUGAUAUGAGUUUAAGAACCAACUGGAUCAAUUCAAUAUCAGUCAAAACAUCAUGCAUAGCAGCAUAGAUGAUGGAAUAGUGAUACGCUUAUCCUAAAAGCAAUU